GACGUAUUAAAGUCGGGUCAUUUGUAGGUGAAAAAUUUAGACAUCAGAAAAAUCUUCAUACCAAGAUUUUUUAGAAUGUCCAGCAUCAAAACAGCUGAAAGCGAAGUGCUGAAACCUUACGGACGACAAAACAGCCUUGAAGAUAUCAAUUUGGAUCAAUUCCUGAAAAUCUCAAACUAUGAGGAGACGAUCAAGCAACUGGAUAUUUAUUAUGGGAUAGUUAAGAGACAACUUUUACAAAAUCAAUCAGAAAUAACAGGCUUAUUUCCAGUCUUAAGUACAGAUAAAGAAGUCGGCAGUGUUCGUGAUACAGUAUAUUGUGCUGCAGCAAUUUGGAGUUUAUAUCAAGCAUAUAGACGAAUUGAUGAUGACCGAGGAAAGUCAUAUGAGUUGGGUCAAAGUGCUGUUAAGGCCAUGCGAGGUAUUCUCGAAUGCUGGAUCAAGCAAUCUCAUAAAGUAGAGCUCUUCAAACAACGUCAAUGUUCAGCACAUGCUCUUCAUGUUAAAUUUCAUUUGCAUACAGGCGAAGAAGUUUAUAACGAUGACAAAUACAAUCACUUGCAGAUUGAUGUUGUAUCCAUCUAUAUCAUAUUUCUUGUUCAAAUGAUUAAUAGUGGCUUACAAAUUAUCUACACACAAGACGAAGUUGCUUUCGUGCAAAAUUUAGUUUAUUAUGUUGAAAGAGCUUAUCGCACGCCAGAUUAUGGAAUGUGGGAGAGAGGAUCAAAGUAUAAUGAUGGAACACCAGAAAUCCAUGCAUCAAGCAUUGGAAUUGCCAAAAGUGCUCUGGAAGCCAUCAAUGGAUGUAAUUUAUUUGGUGAAAAAGGAGCAUCUUGGAGCGUAGUUUACGUAGAUAUCGAUGCUCACAAUCGUAAUCGAUCAAUUUUUGAAACAAUGCUUCCACGUGAAUCUAGUAGUAAGGGAGUCGAUUGUUCUUUGCUACCAACUCUUUCUUUUCCUGCUUUUGCCUCCCACGAAGAGCGCUUAGUUGAUCUGACAAAGAACAAUGUUAUAUCAAGAUUGAGAGGCAAGAAGGGAUUUAAAAGAUUCAAUCGUGAUGGCUAUUUAUGCAGAUUAGAGGAUAAGACAAGACGUUAUUAUCAUAAGGCAGAAAUUAAAGAUUUCGAGGGAAAUGAGUGCGAGUGGCCAAUGUUUUACACGUUUUUGAUCAUCGAUGGUGUUUUCAGAAACAAUUCUGAGCAAAUCGAAGAAUAUCAAAUGGAAUUGAGGAAGUGCAUGUAUUCAGACUUAAAUGGAGAUCCUGUCGUAACAAUGUUUUAUAUCCCCGAUGGCGAAGGAAUGUACACCCGUUCCAGUUCAACAGCAAUAUUUUUAAUGGGACAGUCAUUAUUUAUAAUUGCGCAAUUAUUAACCGCUGGAUUGCUGCAUGUUAACGAACUUGAUCCAAUUCGUCGCUAUCUCCCAUCCUAUAAUCGACCCCGAAAGGGUGGCUCUCGCUAUUCAGCUUUUCAGGCGAAGCCCGGCCAUGGCACUGCAACUGACCUCGUCGUUCAAAUUGUUUUGAUAUCAGAAUCGAUGAGAUUACAAGCAAUGUUAAUGACGUAUGGAAUAAUGACACAAACGCCUCAUGAAGUUGAGCCUGUGCAAAUUUGGUCAUCUACGGAAUUGAUAAAAAUUUAUCAGCAACUUGGUGUUAAUAAUAAGCUUGGAAUGUCAGGAAGACCUCCUCGUCCUGUCGGUAGUUUAGGAACGAGUAAAAUAUAUCGAGUUUGUGGCUCAACUAUUAUGUGCUAUCCAUUAAUCUUUGAGGUCUCAGAUUUCUAUCUUUAUCGUGAUAUGGCACUGCUGAUUGAUGAUAUUAAAACUGAACUUCAAUUUGUUGGAAAAUAUUGGAGAUUGUCAGGUCGUCCAACAGUUUGCUUGCUAAUUCGUGAAGAGCACAUGCGUGAUCCUCAAUUUAAGGAAAUGCUUGAUUUAUUAGCCAUGCUUAAGAAAGGUUUUUGCGACGGAAUGAAAGUUCGUAUUGGGCGUCUUCAAAAUUUAGUUUCUAGCUCUUGCAUUGAGCAUUUAGAUUUUGUUGCCGACUUGCCAGAUACCUCAGACAAUUCUUUCCAUCAAAUUCAUCAUGAAUAUAUUGGCUAUCAGAGCCUUACAGAUGUUCCUAAAGCUGCUGCUUAUAGCGAAAGUAAAACCAUGCUUACAGAUUUUCAUGCACGCCCAAUGAGCGAAAUUAUUGCUGCAUUACAUGGAACAGACUCCAUUUUCUGUCAAUGUCAAUUAUAUGGCAUUAUCUUACAGCGUGAAGGACCUCACUAUGAAAUUGCUGGCACGACAGUUCAAGAUGCAAUAACUGAAUUGUAUUACAAGUCUGGAAGCUUACGCUAUUGGCGAGGAGUGCGUUAUUGUUCUUCAUUGCUUCGCAAACUUGUUGAUUCAAUCAGCCCUUUCAUUACAACAAUUUUGGUAAAUGGAAAACAAAUUUCGGUCGGUAUGAUUGGACAGAAGGAAGUAAUUUUCGAUAGACCAAUGACACCAUCUGAAAUUCAAAAUGCCAUGUUUUCAUGCUUCAGUUGGAUGGAUACGAUCUAUGCAGUAUUGCAACAAGAAGUCGUCUUAUAUUGCGGUCGAUUAAUUGCUACAAAUCCUGAAAUUUUCAAGGGAAUUCUAAAGAUUAGAGUUGGUUGGGUUGUUGAAGCAAUGAAGCUUUAUUUGGAAAGUAAAGGCGCCGAUCUUGGAAUGGACCAAGAAAUUGAAAAUUUAUCACCUUUCCAAAUUAGACAGCUCUUAAUGACUGUAUUAACUAUUUCACAAUAUACAUCGGAAGAUACAAAAAUUGAUAUAUUACGACGCAGACAACUGGAAGGAUGCUUGUGUAGAGUGCCUAAUAAAUUUUAUAAUCUCGUUUGGGACGUUUUGGAUAGAUGCCAAGAUGGUAUUUCGGUAAAUGGACAUCAUUUGCCAGCAGUUCCAACUUUAUCGAAUAUGUCACGAGGAGAAUUGCAAUUUGCUUUAUUAGUUGAGGAGAUGCUGCAUCAUAUUCCAAAUUCUGAACGUCGUCAAAUAUCCGUUGAGCUUUUGUGUAUAGUUGCAACUAUUCUCAGUCGUAAUCCUGAGUUGAAGUUCCAACAAGUUCUCGAUUUAGACAUAUUAUUGGAGGAUGCAUUUUCGAUGUAUUGCAAGGAUCACGACAUUACUCCAUCAUCAGAUGUUACGCCUCUGUUCUCAUUAAAUUACUCCCAAUCUGUUGGAUAUUUGGCAAGAGCAAGUGUCAAUAGUGUAUUGCAAAAAGCUGCAUUAACAACAGGCACAAAUGAUGAGUUUAACGAUCAUAUUGAAGAUACUUGUAAAGUUUCUUAAGCUUUUUUAAGCAAUUUAUAUGGCUUUAUGCGUUAUUAAUUAUUUUCAUUCUUAUAAGUUAAUCAUUUCAUUCUUUAAUGAUACCUAGUAAUAUAUUUUAUUUCCAAAAAAAAAACAUGUUAUUAUGCAAUAAAUUAAUGAAAAUGUUGAGAAGAAAAAUUGAAUAAAAAUAGAGAAGAGCUGUUAUCGAAUGUAUUGGAGAAAGAGAA